CCCGCCCCCGCCCGCCGGAAGCCGGAAGCCGCUGCGAGCCCCGCUAGCCCCGAGACUCCGACCUCGGUGGUCUCGGAGGCACGGCCGGAUGGGGGACAAGAUGGCGGAAGAGGAGUUCUCCAAUGCCACUCAUGAUGGUUUCAAUGUCACCCUCCACACCACCCUGGGCAUCACCACAAAGCUGGUGCUCCCAACCCCUGCCAAGCCCAUCCUUCCCGUGCAGACAGGGGAGCAGGCUCAGCAGGAGGAGCAGUCGAGCGGCAUGACCAUCUUCUUUAGUCUCCUCGUGCUAGCUAUCUGCAUCAUACUGGUACAUCUGCUCAUCCGAUACAGACUGCACUUCCUGCCUGAGAGCGUGGCCGUUGUUUCGCUAGGUAUUCUCAUGGGAGCGGUGAUAAAAAUCAUAGAGUUUAAAAAGCUGGCAAACUGGAAGGAAGAAGAAAUGUUUCGUCCAAAUAUGUUUUUCCUCCUCCUGCUUCCACCCAUUAUCUUUGAGUCAGGAUACUCACUGCACAAGGGGAACUUCUUUCAGAAUAUUGGCUCCAUCACCCUUUUUGCUGUUUUUGGUACUGCCAUUUCUGCUUUUGUAGUAGGUGGAGGAAUUUAUUUUCUGGGUCAGGCUGAUGUAAUCUCUAAACUCAACAUGACAGACAGUUUCGCAUUUGGCUCCCUGAUCUCUGCCGUCGACCCCGUGGCCACCAUUGCGAUUUUCAAUGCUCUGCACGUGGACCCCGUGCUCAACAUGCUUGUGUUUGGAGAGAGCAUCCUCAACGACGCUGUCUCCAUUGUCCUGACCAACACAGCUGAAGGUUUAACAAGAAAAAACAUGUCAGAUGUCAGUGGGUGGCAAACGUUUUUACAAGCCCUUGGCUACUUCCUCAAAAUGUUCUUUGGCUCCGCAGCACUCGGCACUCUCACUGGCUUAAUUUCUGCAUUAGUGCUGAAGCACAUUGACCUGAGGAGAACGCCCUCCUUGGAGUUUGGCAUGAUGAUCAUCUUUGCCUACCUGCCGUACGGGCUCGCAGAAGGGAUCUCACUCUCAGGCAUCAUGGCCAUCCUGUUCUCAGGCAUCGUGAUGUCUCACUACACGCACCAUAACCUCUCGCCAGUCACCCAGAUCCUCAUGCAACAGACCCUCCGGACUGUGGCCUUCCUGUGCGAAACAUGUGUCUUUGCAUUUCUUGGCCUGUCCAUUUUUAGUUUCCCUCACAAGUUUGAAAUUUCCUUUGUCAUCUGGUGCAUAGUUCUCGUGCUGUUUGGCAGAGCAGUCAACAUUUUCCCGCUGUCCUACCUGCUGAAUUUCUUCCGGGAUCAUAAAAUCACACCAAAGAUGAUGUUUAUCAUGUGGUUUAGUGGCUUGCGGGGUGCCAUCCCAUAUGCUUUGAGCCUGCACCUGGGCCUGGAGCCCAUGGAGAAGCGGCAGCUCAUCGGCACCACCACCAUUGUCAUUGUGCUCUUCACCAUCCUACUGCUGGGUGGCGGCACCAUGCCCCUCAUCCGCCUCGUGGACAUCGAGGAUGCCCGCGUGCGCCGCCGCAGCAAGAAGGACGUCAACCUCAGCAAGACCGAGAAGAUGGGCAACACCAUUGAGUCAGAGCACUUGUCGGAGCUCACGGAGGAGGAAUACGAGGCCCACUACAUCCGGCAGCAGGACCUCAAGGGCUUUAUGUGGCUGGAUGCCAAGUACCUGAACCCCUUCUUCACCAGGCGGCUGACGCAGGAGGACCUUCACCACGGGCGCAUCCAGAUGAAAAGCCUCACCAAUAAGUGGUAUGAGGAGGUGCGCCAGGGCCCAUCUGGCUCCGAGGACGAUGAGCAGGAGCUGUUCUGACCCACUGGCACUGAGGUGUCUGGGAGACCAGGGCCCAGAGGUGCAGCCUUGUGCAGCUUCCUGAAAGUGAAGGCUGCAUUCUUAGUGUGGAACUUUCCAGGCCAUUGGAGCUAGCUGGCUUUGGAAAUACCAAUGCUGCUUUUGGGCCCACAGAGAGAGUGGAGUGCCCAGUGUUCCAGGUAGACACGCCUUCUUCUGCAGGUGGACGGAAGAGUUGAGGAUUCACUGACACCCUCUUGCUUGGGCCACACCAUGCCUGGGCCUUGCCUUCCUCACACCCCAAGGAGCAGCUGCCAUUUGCCUCUGAGCCCUUGAGGGGCCACGUCAGCUAUAGCAGCUCCAGCCAGAGACCCAAAGCACUCCGCACCCCCUUCCUGAAGGCCGCACCCCCCCCCCCCCCGAGAGAAAACUGACUGGCCUGAUCUCUCUACCUGGAACUGCCAGCAUGCCUCCUUGGAGCACAGUGCAGAUGUUUACAAUGGCACCAGGGCAGCCCUCUCCUGAGCCACUUGGAAGGGUGCUGGACUAGCCUGUGGGGCUGGAGACCCCUGGAGAGGGUUCUUGGGGGCAGCGUCAGGUCACCUUCCCAAGUGUGUGAGCCUGGGAGCCACUGUGUCUCUGUUGUCCUCUAGUCAGUCUCUUGCCAGGCCCGGUGGUGUCAGCCUGUUGUGCCAGCCUAGCUGUCACUCUGAGCUCCUGCCUCUCUCCCAUCUGACCUCAACACCAGGGAUCCCGCUCUCCCUUCCCCCACAUACCACGGGGGGAGGAGCUGCCAUUCGUGUCCAUAGACGGUGGAGUUUCUGACCUACAUACUCUCCUCCUGCCCUUUAUAUGACUGCUGGAUUUUGCCCGUCCCCACGUGUAGCCUGGGGACCCUGCCCAUGCCCCUGGGUGGGUAAUAUUCACGCAUAUGCCUUAGCUCUCACUGGGGUCAGAGUAGGCACAACUGGGCUGGCAGUAGGUAGAGUUAUGUCUCUCCCUAUCAGUGGCUGUGACCCUGAUGUCAGGAAGGAUGGAGCUCCAGCUCUAGGAUCUGGCCAGGCACUUGGGGUGACCCACAGCCCUGACAGCUCACUUGCUCCAGAAGUUGGCAGAGCAGGGGCUGUCGUGCUGGAAGCUGGAAGCAUGAUUGGCUUCUGCGUGGGAGAGGCUCAUCUGCCCUUGACAGAGCCAAAGUACGCUCCUUUCUCCUCUGGUCUCACCUGAGUCCUGUAACUGGAUCCACUCCUUUGCCUUGUGUAACUUUGAGGGAGGCCGAGCCUGAGAGCAGUUUGCUCCCUUAUUCCAGUUCAGAUCUUUCCUCCUGAGGUUGUCUGAGCUCAGAGAUGUAGGUUCAAUGGCUUGCCACGAUUUCUCUUUUUAAAUCUAAAAACUCAUAGAUUAAGCAAGAAAGAGUCAGGAUCUCAUUCAGACUGCCCCCUUGUCACCAGGUCUCAUGUCUCAGACACAUCUUGCCUGGCCGCCUACUUUUAAUUGAAUCCUGAACUUGACACAGUAGCAGAGCUUGCGAGGGCUGCAAAGUGCUGCUGGGGGAAGGGAGGCACCAGUUUCCUGAACUCCUGUGGGCCUUGUCUGCCCCCUGCUGUCAAGUGUGGGCUUAGCACCCUGGAAAAGCAGCCCUAGCAGAGGUCUUGGGUCCCCUGCCUUUGAGGAGCAGCACUGGAGGAAUUUCCUUUUUAUGGGUUUUAUAAAGCCUCUGCUGAAGAAGGUUGCUGCUGUCUAGAUUUUUCUUGCCCAGUAACUAUUAUUUGGGGAAGUGAAUGUGUGAAAGAUAGAAAAGGAUUCUAUUUUGCGCCAUCCACCUUCCUGUAUAUUGAAGGUCUAGGCCAAGCGACAGAACUGGUGAGGUGACAGCCACGAAGCUUGUCCCCAUGGGUGAGCUGGCCCUUUAGCCAGUCAAGUCAGAUGUGCUGAAACCUCUCCAAAUGUGAAGCUUUCCACAUUUGGGUCUGGCCAGAGGUUCUUGUGUAUGCAAUGGGUACGGAGACCAGUAAGCAGGGACCCUGCUCUAAAAGCCACCUCAGUGACUGCUGCAGGAUCCCCUUCACCUAGAGGUGGCCAACAAGGCUGGGGUGGCCCUGCACUCAGCUGUUCCCUGAGGCCUAUGGGGAUAAAUCCCAACAGCAGCUUUCUGUCACCAGUUCGGACAAAGAAAGGGUCCCCUCUCCAUUCCCUCAGAAAUGUGAAGCUUAUUUCCGCCACUGGCAGUGCCAAGGAAAUCAAAUUCAAGUGUGGAGCAGCAGGGGCCAUCUCCAGAACUGUUCUCCAGAGCCCAGGCACUGCAUCAAAGCCUGGAGAGCAGGCUGGCUCUCCUUUCAAAGCAGGCCCUGUAGGCUGGGAAGGAAGGGAGACUUUGUGAUAACCCCCUGCUGCCCCAUCUCCCAGCUUCAGAGUAGAAAGUGCCUUGGCCCCCCCCCACUCCGGCGCUAUCUCCCCCUUCCUGAUGCUGCAUCGAGCCUACACACCAGUGGGCAGGCAGGGGCUCCACGGGAAGACGUGCAGUGAUGGUGGCAAGAAGCCACCGAGGCACUCUCUGGAGCCAUGCUUGUGCAAGCUAGAGGGACUCCCUCAUGGUAUCUUGUGAAGGCUUAGUUUCUUCACAAGUCUGAUUUGAGCCUUGCAUUUGUUUUUGUCUUUUUUCCUCUAAAAAUGAAGUUUUUUUUAAGUGCUGGUCUUCUGUUCCAAUUGAGGGAGACUCAGCAUGGUUGAGAAGCUCCUGUGAGGCCCCUGGGCUCUAAGAGCCGUUGCUGCUUUUCCAGGUGUGGAAGUGGCCCUGGAGGGGCCUGUGCUGCUGUUGCUGAGCUCCUGCUUGUCAUUCUGGUCUUUGAGCAUUCAGAACUGGACAAGAAGUCGUGUCACUGUAAGGAAUAAAGUCACAGGAUCAGCUGG